UGAUUGGCUGACGGAGGAGGCGCCUGCCGCUGUUUUUCAAGAAGCGGAAACGGAGUGCGGGGGGAAGAAGAACCAGGCCGGCCGGCCGGUCCCACACCUUAUUUCCCCUCGUGUGCGUGCUUUUCUUAAAGGAACCCCGCUGCAGAGUUCCGGCGGGGGAAGUGCAGAGCGGGAGGCAAAAGGGAAAGGAGCACCUGAGGCGCGCUCACCUUUCCCUAGGGGGCGAAAAGGAGGGAGAAAGGGGGGGGCAGGUGUAAAGACACACACCCGAGCCUUUCCCACAGGCUCCCCAUGCAUGUUGUCCCCGACCUUCCCGCCCUGAACGAGAAACCUUUAAUUUUUUGGUCGAGGUGGGCACCUGGGCAAAGCAGAUAUCCGGCCAUGGAAGCCAGCCAAGUCCCCCCACCCUGCCUCAGGUAAUAGGUGAUGCCCCCUCUACCUGGAGCCUGCAAACGCCCCUGUAAGCGCAGCUGAGGGGACUUGGUUGCUGCUGCUGCCCUCGAAACAAGCGGCUUGGGCGACACGCCUUCUCCGCAGUAACAGGUCACACGCGACCCCGCUCCUUCCUUUCCCUUGUGUGCCACGGCAUCUCUUAACUCCUGCAGCCCCUCCCCUGCCAGGGCCAUGGCACAUCCCCAGCAGCAACAGCAGGAUACCUGCUUGAGCUUGGCGACAGAGAACUGUGCAGAUAUGAGCCCCAGGAAAGUCGCCCUCGUCACUGGCAUCACGGGCCAGGAUGGCUCAUACUUGGCAGAGUUCCUGCUGGAAAAGGGCUACGAGGUGCAUGGAAUUGUUCGUAGGUCUAGCUCUUUUAAUACAGGACGGAUUGAACAUCUUUACAAGAACCCCCAGGCUCACACAGAAGGAAACAUGAAGUUACAUUAUGGCGAUCUCACAGAUAGUACUUGCCUAGUGAAGAUAAUUAAUCAAGUGAAACCCACUGAAAUUUACAAUCUUGGAGCUCAGAGCCAUGUCAAAAUAUCUUUUGAUUUGGCUGAAUAUACUGCUGACGUUGAUGGAAUUGGCACUUUACGGUUGCUUGAUGCUAUCAAGACAUGCAGCCUCAUAGACUCUGUGAAGUUCUACCAAGCUUCAACAAGUGAGCUUUAUGGGAAAGUGCAAGAAAUACCGCAAAAGGAGACCACUCCUUUUUAUCCCAGAUCACCAUAUGGGGCAGCCAAGCUAUACGCAUAUUGGAUUGUGGUGAACUUCAGGGAGGCCUACAAUCUCUUUGCUGUGAAUGGUAUUCUCUUCAACCAUGAGAGUCCCAGGAGAGGGGCUAACUUUGUAACUCGAAAAAUUAGCCGUUCUGUUGCUAAGAUCCACCUGGGGCAACUGGAAUGUUUCAGUCUGGGCAAUCUGGAUGCCAAGAGAGACUGGGGUCACGCCAAGGACUACGUUGAGGCUAUGUGGCUAAUGCUACAAAUGGAUGAGCCGGAGGACUUUGUAAUAGCUACUGGGGAGGUCCACAGUGUCCGCGAAUUUGUGGAGAAGGCAUUCCAGCACGUUGGGAAAACGAUUGUGUGGGAAGGCAAGAAUGAGAACGAAGUAGGUCGAUGCAAAGAAACUGGGAAGAUCCAUGUGACAGUUAAUCACAAAUACUACAGGCCAACUGAAGUGGAUUUUCUUCAAGGCGAUUGCACCAAAGCAAAGCAAAAACUCAACUGGAAACCCAGAGUCACAUUUGACGAGCUGGUGAAAGAGAUGGUGGAAGCAGAUGUGGAACUCAUGAGGAACAAUCCCAAUGCAUGAAUCUGUUCCUCCUUCCAUACCUGAUGACAUGACUGACCCUCCAGGGAGAUGGCCAGCCUAAUUGUGACUUCUGCAAGUGCCAUUGCUGGGGAUGGGGAAUGACAAUCACUCCACUGGGUGUUGAAGAUUUGCUGCCAUUUUAUUUUCCUCUUGCUUGUGCAAUGGAUCAUUUCCCCCCUUUUCAAAUAUCAACCAUGCAUCAUGACUUUACAUUCCUUGAAGAGGAUAGGCUGAAGUGAUUGCACUUUUCCUCCUGAUAUGUAGACAAGAUGAUGGAGGCCAGCUUGCCACUCCAAUUCAUUUUCUUUUGAUAUUAAAAAAAUUCCUUUCCAUAAAUUAAGACUGUACCAUGCAUUUUUUUAAUUCUUUCUCAACUACAAGUGGAAGGGGGAGGGAGAAAGAGUGAGAGUUAUAGACUUAUGCUUCCUUUCCAAAGUUAGGGUACUUCCUUUUUCUUUCUUUUUUUACAAUGCUGUCUGAAAUAAAUGUUUGGAAAACCCAAUAUAUGGUGGAUCCAACCUACCUACAAUUAGAUUUAUGUAAAAUCAUAGCUAUAUUAUCCAAUGGAAUAAUGUUGAGUUCUGAACAUCGCAUUGCACCUCCUGUUUAAUAUUUAACCUAUCAGGCAAUCAGAGGUUUGGAAAUGGGUUUUUUUAAAAAAAAAAUCUUAAAUGAUCCACAUGUGGGUUGCAUACUACCGGUAUUUCCUACACAGAUGUGCUUUUCAUGUGCGAAAUGUAAUGUAGAAAGUUUAUUUGUAUUGAAUGGGUCUUACAUAUAAGAAGGUGGUUUGUUGUUUUUUUAUAGUCUCCUUAAUGUUAUUUGUUCAGGGGACAAAGGGAUUAUGCUUACCUCCCGCUAGCCCUUAGCUACUUGCCCUUUCCACUGCCAGAACCCUUUACGGUAUGGGUAACUCCCGCAUGCAGCGCACAGUUCCAUCACCCUAAAAAUCCUUACUGACUUUAGAGGCCUCCAGGGGGCUUGCUAUGUUUUUGAUUCUUCAGCUCCCCAUCUUAGCAUUGUGUAUGCAUAUGUUUGCGGGGUAAGAACCUGUGACAAAAAGCCUCUCUGUGCGGCACCCAAUUCCUGCACACAACAGAGCUAGUCACAUCCCAUCCUGUUUCUGCUUACUAUAAUUAGACAUAUAGGAGCCUGAAGCUGCCACAAAGAUGGCCUUUAAAAAGAUUAAAAGGGGAGGAGGGAAAUCCAAACUUCAAGGCAAGUAAAUAUUGUUGAAACAUUUGGUGCCAAUGUACCAAGGUUAUGCAGAGGUCACGGUUCCCAUACAUUUGCCUUCCCCUUGGCUCUCCCGCCUGACAAUCACUCUGUGCGCUUCUUUUAACUCUUUACCUUGAAACGAAAGGGUGGGGCAUUGCCAACUUUUCCUCGCGACCCUGCAUUUCAGUCAGAACACGGUCGUGUCACAAAAGUUGCGGGCCCACGUUUCUUAACACGGAAAUUGCGUUGAAGUCAUGAAGUGCUGAUUGAGGGAGUCUGACUGCUGACUGCCGUCCGGUCCCGGGUAAAACUCGCUUCUUGGAUUCGAACCACUUUCAGCCCAGCCCAGUCUCCCGCGUUGGUUUUAGAAGGGCAGAGAGAGAGCCGGGUAGGUUAGAAGCAGGGCGCAUGCAUUUCCAAGCCGGGAGUAGAACCGAUGAGGAAUCCAGGAGGAGGAGAGGGCAAU